AUGACGCCUCGCUGCCGAUCGAUCGGACCUAUCCAAAGUAAAAGUCAAAAUAAAAGCGAUGCAGACUCUGACGGGAGCGCGAUCUUUACGGACAACGGAUCUAAAAAAGAUUCCGACAGUAAAUCGGAACCCGACGGAGAUGAUACAGAUAACGAGAGUGACUCCAGCGAUGAAUCGUUCAAUGAUGAGGGUCAGCUGCCCCCUAAACACUAUUUGGCUGAAGCAGAGGGCUUAGACGUCUCUCAGUUUCGACAGAAGCGUUAUAGUAAUAGUACUCAGAAGAAACUCGAUCAAACCGCCGUAUAUUAUAAACAUCUCAACCUCAAUCUUCUGAAGCACUGGCAAAGGAUUUCAGACUCAGAUGAUACAAUCCUUCUUUUCUGUCAACUCGCAGUCAUCACUGCAAACCGCCCGGACACUCUUCUUGGCCUUCGCUAUUGGAACAUCGUAUUGACAUUAAUUCGAGAUCCAGAAGGAGGAUGCCCGCGACUAUUUAUCUAUCUAACUCCUGAGUUUACAAAGAGGUUUCUUGGAAAGAAGGCCCUAAAUGAGUUCAAAAUCCCAAAAAUAAUUUUUGACCCUACUUUGGCCCUCAGUCUGCAUAUCUGCCUGCUAGGUAUACUCUUUCAUAUAAAAGGCUUCAAGACGAGAUCCUCAACUAGACCGAUACUGGAUUGCCCGGAGAAUCUCUAUUGUCUUCGAAUUCUAGAAGGCUUGAAACAGCAACAGCUAAUUUUAAAGGGCGAGAUCUUAAACAAAUUUGUUUUCUGCCAGGUUAUCCGGGAUGUCACCGGAUAUCGAAUCGACUUAAAGAAACAAAUAAUGUCAUCGAUAGUGCGAUCUCGCAUGCGCCGGGUGGGCGAAAUCACAGACAUAGAACUCAUUAAGCCAUAUAAUCUCUGA